GGUUGGUACUCCGUACCUGGGCCUGUCUUUUUGCAAAACACAGUAUUUGAAAAUUGAACCUGAUAUUUCCAUUCUUGAUGUCCUCUUCUCUGCUAUGACCAUGGUGAUUGAUCUGACCCAGGACUCUGACCCAGAGGAGCCCCAGAACAAGGCCUUGAGUUCCAUCAUCUCAACUCUGCCCCAUCGGACAAUAUCAUCUCUGCAACUUCCUCUAAAAAGGAAGAGCAGAGGGUCUGAUGACGACGAGUCGUCGUCGAUCGUUUCGGCCGGAGGCACAUCUAGGACAACGCCGGCCCUAGAGGAAGUCACCUUUAGCGUUGUGGUGCCGUCUCCCUCUCGUGCUCUGCAGCAGAAAAUCGAGUAUGAGAGACGACGGCAUCCCCGGCAGCCCAGGCUGAGGGGCAGCACGGAGUCCAGCUUCAGCAGCGGAGAUUAUGACACUACCCCCUUGAUGGGGCUCUCGCAACGGUAUUACCCCGUCGAUGAACAGGAGAGGAAGAAGGCUUCUCGCGCGGUGUAUCCGCCAGCCAAGCAACCGAUUCUCGCCCCCAGUCUUCGUCUCCGUCCCCGUCGCGGCCACCAAGGCCCUUUUCUCUGUGCCACGGUGCAGGGGGGCGAUGGCGACCCGCUCGUCCACACGCUGCACCAGAAGAUCGCGUCCAUCAAGGGCCCAAGAGUUGAUCUGGCACCAGGUGUUGCCCCGAAGCUGGCCGGGCCCAUCAUGGGCUUUGAGUUUAUUAAUUCUUACAAGAUCCAGCGCGGAGUCACCAAAGUAGACGAGGCGUUCAACUUUGGGUGCUCCUGCUCGGGCUCGUGUGACCCUGCCACCUGUCUGUGUCUUUCCCUGGAUGAAAAGUCGAAUAACAGGAUCGUGCCCUACAAGGAAGUCAACGGUACACACGUCCUCGCGCCGGAUUUUCUCCAGCGGACAUCCAUGAUAUACGAGUGUAACGCCAACUGCGGCUGCAAGGAGACCUGCUGGAACCGUGUCGUGCAGCGGGGCCGGACGAUUCGCUUGCAGAUCUUCGAUACGGGCAACAGAGGGUUUGGCCUCCGAUCACCAGAUCAAAUCAUCGCCGGCCAAUUCAUCGAUCUGUAUCUGGGGGAGGUCAUCCCCAAGAACAAGGCAGACCGGCGGGAGGAAUUGGCUGCAUCCCAGAACGGCCACUCCUAUCUGUUCGGCUUGGACUUCUUUCACGAUGACGAGGGGAUCUACGUCGUUGACGGGCAGAGGCUUGGCUCCCCUGCCCGCUUCAUGAACCAUUCCUGCAACCCAACCUGCAAGAUGUUCCCUGUAGCCAGCAGCCAGGGGGAUGACCGGCUCUACAACCUUGCUUUCUUUGCCCUUCGCGACAUCCCCCAACUCCAAGAAUUAACCUUUGACUACAACCCCAACUGGGAGCAUUCGAAAACGACCAAGGUCGACCCGAAUGCCGUCAAGUGUCUCUGUGGCGAACUCCAGUGUCGUGGCCAGCUCUGGCCAAAUCAACGCAAAGGAACGAAAUAGGCGAUCCAAGCACAUACUUCUACCGAUCUUCCACUGCAUGUCAGCAUUUCCUACACGGCUUCCGCUUUUUUUCCCUCGAAGCUCGGUUUUUUCAAAACAAAAAAGAGAUACCCUUUUUCGCACUGAAAUUACAUUUCCAAACAAUCAUCUAGAUCCAGCGAUUUUUCACCUUUCUUGUUCGCAUUUCAUGUUUCUACCCAGGAUAAUUAUGCUGUGGACUCAGACUGUUUACCCUCUAUCAGAUCCUGUCUACAUGGUGAUGGUUUCAGAUCAUAUCACUCGGUGUCUAACUAGCGGUUAUGAAACAAGCCAUGCAGGAAUGUUUCAAUUUUCAAGGACAGCCUGACAGACUAGCCGUUUAGUAACAGGAAGUCUUUAGAAAUGAUAAUCUAGUAUUAAGUAGGUAAGUAGGGCUUCUUUCAUAUCACGUGAUGAACAUGCAC